UUAACCUCCUUUGUCUUUGACCAGUGACAAAAUGGAAAACCUCAACAGGAGCCUUUUCCACCCAGCCACAUUUUUCCUCAUUGGAAUCCCAGGCCUGGAACAGGUCCAUGGGUGGAUCUCCCUGCCUUUCUGCUGUGUUUACCUUGUGGCUCUCCUGGGCAAUGUCACAAUUCUGCUAGUCAUCAAGGCUGAGCAGACCCUCCAGGAGCCCAUGUUCUAUUUUCUGGCUAUCCUUUCAACAAUUGAUUUGGCCCUUUCUACUACCUCUGUGCCCCGGAUGCUGGGUAUCUUCUGGUUUGAUGCACACGAGAUUUACUUUGGAGCUUGUGUGGCCCAGAUGUUUCUGAUCCAUGCCCUCACUGGCAUGGAAGCUGAAGUCCUGAUGGCCAUGGCCUUUGACCGUUAUGUGGCUAUCUGUGCUCCACUCCACUACACGACCAUCUUAACAUCCAGGGUGCUGGUGGGCAUAAGCUUGUGCAUUGUAGUUCGUCCAAUUCUACUUACAUUUCCCAUGAUCUAUCUCAUCUACCGCCUACCCUUUUGUCAGGCUCGGAUAAUAGCUCAUUCCUACUGUGAACACAUGGGUAUUGCACAGUUGUCCUGUGGAAACAUCCAUAUCAAUGCUAUCUAUGGGCUCUUUGUUGUGUCAUUGUUUGUUCUGAACCUCGUCUUCAUUGGCAUUUCCUACUUUUACAUUCUCCGUGCUGUCUUCCGCCUCCCAUCACAGGAUGCACGGCUAAAAUCCCUAAGCACGUGUGGCGCCCAUGUUGGGGUCAUCUGUGUUUUCUAUAUUCCCUCACUCUUCUCUUUUCUCACUCAUCGAUUCGGACAUAACGUACCCCGCUAUAUUCAUAUUCUCAUUGCCAACCUCUAUUUGGUUAUCCCACCCUCACUCAACCCCAUCAUUUAUGGUGUGAGGACCAAACAGAUUCGAGAGCGAGUGCUCCAUGUCUUUACUAAAAAAUAAGACAUCUAUUUCAUUCUUUUACUAAUAAUUUUGCAAGAAAGUCUUGUGUAUUCUUGUCUUAAUGAACAUCUCCUGGUCCUAACCUACUGCUGCCAAGUUGUGAUACAAGUUCAUUUCACUUAACUUUCACUAAUGAAUUCUAAGACUUGUGGAACCUUCACUGCAUUUCAAGUUCAAGGGCUAAUGGACUAUCUCGGAAAGAAGCUGUAUGGCCUCUGCCAAGUAUCUUCAUGUGGAAUUGUUAAUUUCAAAAGAGUGCU